AUGGCUUCUUUAGGUGCAAUGGCAUCUGCAACUAAUUGCGUUCCCCAUUCUUCUUCCUUCUGUUCCAAGAUAUCUCCCUUUUCCAAUAACAGAAGAAACCCUGGCGUGAAAGUUACAUGCAAAGCCAAAAAUGGUGACCGCAGACCUGAAACCACCUCCAAAAAUGGAGAGAAUUCUCCAGGGAUUCUCGACAGGAGGGAUGUUCUUCUCGGCUUAGGCGGGCUUUAUAGCACAAGUCUUGCUGCAAAUCCAAUGGCCUUAGCUAAGCCAGCCCUCCCUGACUUCAAAGAUUGCGUUGAUGCCACACAACCCAACGACACACCCAUCAACUGCUGCCCUCCGGCGGCAGCUAGGAUUGAGGAUUAUGUUCCUUCGGCCACCACUGUCCGCACUCGAAUGGCUGCUCAGUCAGCCACUGUUGAUUCAGAUUAUUACAAAAAGUAUUCGGCGGCUAUUCAGAAAAUGAGAAACCUCUCUCCGGCUGAUCCACGCAAUUUUCGGCAACAAGCAAAUGUCCAUUGCGCCUACUGCGAUGGAGGUUACACUCUACAGGGAAAUCCAAAGCUGUUAUAUGAAAUCCAUGGUUCUUGGCUGUUUUUCCCCUGGCAUAGAUGGUACGUGUAUUUUUUCGAGAAAAUCUGCCAAAAUUUGAUUGAUGAUGAUACUUUUACUUUACCAUUUUGGAACUGGGAUGCUCCUGGAGGAAUGCAAAUUCCACCAAUGUACAAUUCUAUUGUCACAUCACCUCUUUACAACUGCCUUCGCAACCCGGAUCACUUGCCACCAUCGGUGAUCAAUCUAGAAUGGUCCGACGGCGAUGUAACGGUAGACCCUGAAGUUCAGAUCAAAUAUAAUCUUGCCAUAAUGUACACCCAAAUGAUUACCCAAUCAAAGACUCAAGCUGAUUUCUUCGGAAGCCCUUAUAGGGCCGGUGAUGAUAUAUCCACGCUCAAUGGCGCUGGUCAAAUUGAGCAAACUCCUCAUAAUCACGUGCAUUCUUGGACCGGAACUGUAGUCGACCUGAGCAAUCCAGUCGACAUGGGUGCCUUGUACUCUGCCGCUCGAGACCCAAUUUUCUUUGCUCACCAUGCAAAUGUUGAUCGGAUGUGGACCAUAUGGUUGAAUCAACUCAAAGGAACCAAUUUUACAGACUCGGAUUGGUUAAAUGCCUACUUCAUUUUCUACAAUGAACAGGCAAAACCCGUAAGGGUGAAAAUUCAGGAUUGUCUCGAUACCACAAAACUUGGAUAUACAUAUGAAGACGUGCCCAUUCCAUGGCUCGAUGUGAGUGCAAAGCCAAAACCUCGGGCAAAGGCAAAAACCUUGCCUUCUGCACCCGACCCUGCUCAGGUUUUCCCAACAACAUUGGACAAACCUAUAAACGUGAUUGUCAAACGACCAAAGAAGUCCGGUAGUGGAUCUUCUGAGGAGAUACUCGUUAUUGAAGGUAUAGAAUAUGAUAAAGGAAAUCACGUAAAAUUCAAUGUGUACAUCAAUGAAGAUGACGUGAAUGCUUGUCAUCCAGACAAUACUGAGUUUUUGGGGAGCUUCAGCAGUUUGCCCCAUGGACACCGGAUGAAUGUUAAGACAAAUAAGCGAUUCAGGAUUUCUGAAGUGUUGCAGGAAUUAGGAGCUCAAGAUUAUGACAAGGUAUUGGUGACAUUGGUACCGAAGAGCACUCCUGUGAAAAUAAAUGGUGUCAAAAUUGAGUUUGAUUCCUAG